CACGCGAAGAUCGGAGCAAUUUUCAUAUUUAAUACACCCUUUUGGCCCAUGCUUCCUGCAUCAGAACCUUAUUACCCUCAUGAAAGUCUUAGUUAAACAGGCAUGUUGACUAAAGACAAAUGCAUAUAUUAUUAGAGUGGCUGCAGGACUCGGAAAAAGCAAGGAUUUUAUACAAAGAAACAGGAUCUAGUGAGACAUUAAUUUCAUACUGGUAUUCUAGUUAAUUCUUUUAAGAUGUAUGUGCAAGAGGAAAUAGUUAAUAAGAGAAAGCUACACAGAGCCAGCAAGCUGAAUGAAAAAAAAAAAGAAAAAUCAGCACAUGAAGUUCAGGAGGACAGACUUGAAGAUUUCACACCAACACUGAUUUCCUCAAGCUGGAGGAAAAAAGUUGGAUGUUUUAAUGCAGGAAUGUUACUGGCUGGUGUGCAAACAGGUUGUUUUCAUUUUGAAAGGUCAGCGGGUUGUUUCUGACUCCAUGUCUCGGUCAAGGGUACGCUCCAGACGUCAGCCAUCCGUCAGACAGUUUAUAGUGCAGAGUCACUCCAGAUGGGAUCUAUCACGCUGUGACAUCCGGGCUGAUGUUGUUUAGUUUAACCAUCUCCUGCUCUGAGAAGUGUUCUCAGCUACGAAGUGGAGGGCUGGCUCUUAUUAAAGUGCGGAGCUCCAGUCUGGACCUUCCCUCGCCUCAAGUCAAGGAGACAGCCGCGUGCACCCGCGCUCGGUUAUUUGGCGGCCCCCCGCUGCUUCCAGGCUCUGUCAACACCACAGACUGAUCCGGAAACAGCAGCAGCAGUGCCUCUCUCCGCUUCACCGUGGUGCGCCCCAGACGCGCUCUUUCUAGUUCAGGAUGGGCUCGUCUCCGUCUCCUUGCCUUCACCUUUCGCACUGACCGUGACGCUGCUGUAGUUUGGUGGGAGUUUGUGCGGAAGGAGCAGAUCCUCUCUCCGCUGUUUCGCCUUUCCACUACUGGCUUUUUUUUCCCUUUUUGAUUGGACUGCCACUGUACUCUCAUCUCCGGGCUGCAGUUCCGAGAUGGGAAUGUAUUUGCAUCUGCUGCUCUUGCAGUACUAUUUCGUCACGAGUUUUGUAUGCAACGCCGUCGCCUUCGUGGAGGAGCCCUCCGGAGGCAGGUCGGACGGGUACUGCGGGCGGAUCCUCCGGGCGCCGACCCAUGGGACCCGGAAGGAUGGACACCAUGAGUUCAGGCUCAGAGUGGAGGGGGACCCGGAAACCUACCAACCUGGCAGGACCUACAGAGUGGUCCUCCUGGCAACCAGCCCUGCUUAUUUCAGAGGAUUCACCCUCAUCGCGCUGAAGGAGGGCAGAGAGGGCACCACAGACGAUGACUACGCCGGCCAGUUCCAGAUCAUCGAUGAGGAGGACACGCAGUUCAUGACCAACUGUCCCCCCGCAGUGACGGAGAGCACGCCUCGCAGACGCACCAGGAUACAGGUGUUCUGGACGGCACCGCCGACCGGGACUGGCUGUGUUAUACUGAAGGCCAGUAUUGUCCAGAAGAAAAUCAUCUAUUUCCAGGAAGAGGGCUCUCUCACCAUUCGGCUUUGUGAGAAAGAGCGUGUGUUUGGUGAAGCUACGGGAGCUCCUGCCUUGGAGUGCUGCGCCUGUGGAACAGCCAAGUACAGACUCACCUUCUACGGCAACUGGUCGGAGAAAGUGCAUCCCAAAGACUAUCCGAGACGAGCCAACCACUGGUCGGCUCUGAUUGGUGCGUCCCACUCCAGAGGGUACGUGCUGUGGGAGUACGGAGGCUACGCCAGUGAGGGAGUCCGUCAGGUUGCUGAGUUCGGUUCCCCGAUAAAGAUGGAAGAACAGAUUCGACAGAAGGGAGAUGAGGUACUGACUGUCAUUAAAACUAAGGCUCAGUGGCCAGCGUGGCAGCCGCUCAACCUGCGAGCAGCUCCAUCAGCAGAGUUUUCUGUGGACCGAACCCGUCACCUGAUGUCCUUCCUCACCAUGCUCGGGCCCAGUCCAGAUUGGAACGUGGGGCUGUCAGGAGAGGACCUCUGUACCAAGGAGUGUGGCUGGGUGCAGAGGCUGGUGACAGACCUCAUUCCCUGGGACGCAGGCACUGAUGGUGGUGUCACAUACGAGUCACCCAACAAGCCUACCAUCCCUCAGGAGAAGAUCCGACCACUGACCAGUUUGGACCACCCCCAGAGCCCAUUCUACGACCCAGAGGGAGGGGCACUUACCCCUGUGGCCAGGUUGGUGGUGGAACGCAUCGCUAGGAAGGGAGAGCAAUGUAAUGUGGUCCCAGACACCAUAGAUGACAUUGUAGCCGAUAUUGGACAAGAAGAGAAAGAGGAAGACGACACACCGGAGACAUGUAUCUACUCGGGCUGGUCUCCCUGGUCGGCGUGCAGCAGCGCUACAUGUGAAAAAGGCCGCAGGAUGAGGCAGAGGAUGCUGAAGGCCCAGCUGGACCUCAGUGUGCCGUGUCCCCACACUCAGGAUUUCCAGCCCUGCAUGGGCCCAGGAUGCAGUAUGGAAGAACCUUCGACGUGCAUGAUGUCGGAGUGGAUCAGUUGGUCGGCCUGCAGUGCGUCCUGUGGGAUGGGCAUGAGGUCCAGAGAGCGAUACGUCAAACAGUAUCCCGAGGACGGCUCGCUCUGCCAGCUCCACACCGAGGAGACCGAGAAGUGCGUCGUCAACGAUGAAUGCUCGCCCAGCAGCUGUGUGGUGACUGAGUGGGGGGAGUGGGACCCCUGCAGCAUCACCUGUGGGAUGGGCAUGAGGAGACGUGAGCGCAUGGUGAAGAUGCCUCCUAUAGACGGAUCAAUGUGUAAAACUGAGGUGGCUGAAGUGGAGAAAUGCAUGAUGCCCGAAUGCCAUACCAUCCCGUGCAUGCUGUCCCCGUGGUCGGACUGGAGCGAGUGCAGUGUGACGUGUGGGCGUGGAGUGCGAACACGUCAGAGGAUGCUGAAGUCUGAUCCUGCAGAGUGCAGCGAGGAGCUGGAGCAGACGGAGAAGUGCAUGCUGCCCGAGUGCCCUGUCGACUGCAUGGUCUCUGAGUGGUCGGAGUGGUCAGAGUGCAACAAGUCCUGCGGUAAAGGACACACCAUCCGAACCCGCAUGGUCAAGCUGGAGCCGCAGUUCGGAGGCAGCACUUGUCCCGAGACCAUCCAGAGGAAGAAAUGCAAGAUCAGGAAGUGCCGGACGAAAACGAAGGAGGAGAGAGGGGGAGGGGGAGGUGGAGGUGGAGGUGGUGGGAAGAGGAGGAGGCGGGGUAAACAAGGUAGAGACGCAGCGCUGGAGGAACAACCAGCAGGUUGCAGGAUGCAGCCGUGGAGCAGCUGGACGGACUGUACCAAACCGUGCGGAGGGGGGAUCCAGGAGCGUUUCAUGACGGUGAAGAAAAGAGCAAUGGGCGCUCUGGCUGCCAGCUGUAAGGACCGGAAGGAGAUCCGUGCCUGUAACGUUCAUUCUUGCUAGGGGGCACUACUGAGCUACAGAGGAGGGAGGGGAGGGGAGCUGAGAUAUGAAAAUAUGGGAUUAUUUGAUAAAGAUGAUCUGGGGGGGGGGUUGAUUUUUUUUUGUGUGCAGGGAGGUGAGGCGAGGGUGAGAUGAUGGGUUUGAUAAGGAGGAAAAAGCAAGAGUCUGGGUAAGUAGGGGGGGAAGAGGAGAAGAAGGGAGGGAAAGAAAGAGAAGAAGAUGAUGCGCUGUUUAGUGAAGCCAUUGUAGACAUGUAGUGAACAGGGCUGACUUUUACUUUAGACCACAAUGGAAGUAUUAGAGAGUCAUAUCUGUGUCCUGCAAAAAAAAAAAAAAAAAAAAAUCUUUACAGGAAUUUGUAUUUUUCCCAUUGAAACUUUUCUGGGAAUUCUCGUCAGAAUCUGCUCCUGUUUUCUGAGAUGAAUACUUGCAGAAACCUGUAAGAUGCUUUCUCCAAAACACCGUUAAUGAUAACAUGUCAGUGCCGUACCUUGAAAAGCCGUUUUCGCCGUGAUAAAACAGGAUCGGCGUAUUCGUUUCAGCGGUUCUUUCACAUUCAUGCAGAAAUGGCAGCCUGCUGUGUGAGAGUAGCUGAAUAAUCUGUAAAUGAAAACUGUGCAGAUGUUUCAGCUGUCCCAGAGGUGUUACCGGUGUGUGUUCACAUACACCCACCUCUGUGCAGGGGGGGAUUUACAACAUACCUGCCUGAAAACAGCAAAAGAUACGUACCAUUGUGCAUGUUAGCAGGACCGCAGGAAAUCGUGUUGCAAUCUUAAGUGUCAUCUGCGGAAAACACAUCCUUAAACCGGCACCGAGCGCCGGGGAGAAACACUGUUAAGGUGAAGGUCAGACUCGAGGAACACGUUUCCCCUUUUCCUCGCUGUUGUUCGUGGUGAAGACUGAAAUGGAUGAGUAUCGUUAAAACACCAGUAACAAGCGAGCAGGCACACGUGACAUUAAACAUUACGCUGGGAGAAAAAAUAAAACAGGACAAUGGUGACAGUGACAAGCUACAGGGAGAAGAAAAGAGGCAAUGAAAAGGACAUAAUGUUCAUUAAUAUCCUUUAUAUAAGUAAAAGUAGCAAUGCUGCAAUAUAAAAUGACCUCGAUUACAAGUAGAAGUCCCGCGGUGAAAAAGUAUUAUUGGCGAAAUGUAUUUAAAGUAUCAUCACCACUCACCCUGACAGCACCACACCAGCAGCUCCAUUCACAAAUCAGAGCAGCGUUCAAUCCUCUCAGACAUAUUAGAGCUGAUAACAUUUAAACAUGCUGAAAAUCACAGGAUCACAUGAUUCUUAAUAGUAUUUUUUUUCCACCUUAAAUACAGUUUGCCUCUAACAGGACUUGCUAGUCCACAAGCUGACAUCAGAAAAUUUGAAUAAAAACAAUCCUUGUUGGAAAAGUGUAAUAUAUCCGCAGGAAGUCAAACUUUUACCCCUGGUUUUAAAUACUUGAAGUCGGAGUGAACUGUCACUUCAUUGAGAAAAAACUUCAUUGAAACUAAACCAAACUGAAGUUGGAAGAUUUUCUUUUUCUUUUCUUUUCUUUUUUUUUUUUUUUUUUGCAAGACAUAGAUGCUCAUGUCUCUAAAGUCUUAUGGAUGUACUGUAUACCUACUAUCUAACCAACACUACUAUGUAAUUACUAAAAAACACUUUCCCUAAUAAACAGAUACAUUUAAAUGGAGAUGUUUUAUACUGUUAAAACUAGUCUUUAUAUACUGUACUGCUGUUUAUCUGUUGUUUCAGCUGAUGUAGCAUUAAACCUGCGAUAGCUCUCAGUCUGUCGGACGAUCUUACUUUAGCAUGUGUACAAAUGAUCACUUUGGUUGGACAUGAUGCGCUGUCAGCCGUAGAUGUUGUCUUAAAACAGAUCAGUGACUGUAUCUGUGUCUGCUGGUUCCUGAGAAACACCGACAGAUGGAGCCUGCAGCACUUCAGUCUGCAGGACCGCUCAGCAUACACACUGUUUCUGGGGGGCCUUGGUUAAAACACACGUUACUUCCAUGUAUUGGUUUUUUUUUUUUAUUGCGCUUUUUUUCUCUUGUGUUGCCACGAUGACAGUGAUGGGUAAAAUCUCUUUUUUUAUUUUUUAUUAUUAUUACUUAGCUGAUCAUGUCGCAGUUUGUUUCUGUUUCGAUAAGAACAUCGUCGCCAAAGUUCUCUGUAGAUUUUCUGUAGAUGUUUCUCUCGUCUUCACUCUUUUCUGUUUUCAUUUCUUUGCCUCUGUAUCAUGUGACUAUUUUGUAAGAAACCACCUUUACAAUAAAAAGAUGUAAAUGUGAAAAUCA